AUGGCGACAACCGAAAAUUCCGUCCAAAAAAAUGGCGACGCGCAAAAUUUGUUAACAAAGGCACCUUGGACGGACGAGCAAGGCAUCGGCAUGAAGUUUUACCAGGGUGUGAUAAUGACCCUGGAGGUGAUCAUGGUCAUCAUCAAGAUGUAUGCGACCUGGUUCUACUCCAUGUACAAGUUCUUCGUACCUCCCGAGCCUAAGAGUGUUAAGGGAGAAAUCGUACUUAUAACAGGUGCAGGUCACGGAAUGGGUCGGGAGAUGGCGCUACGUUUUGCGAAGCUUGGCAGCACUAUUGUGUGCGUCGACAUCAAUUCCACCGGCAAUCAAGAGACCGUUGAGCUGAUCAAGGAGUGCAAAGGGAAGGCACACAGCUAUCUCUGUGACGUAACAAAUCGGAUAUCUAUCAACGAAAUGGCGGAGAAGAUACGCAAAGAGGUUGGCGAAGUGACCAUACUCGUGAACAACGCCGGUAUCAUGCCCUGCAAGCCCUUGUUACAGACUGGCGAGAAGGAAAUAAGGACUGCAUUCGAAGUAAACUGCUUAUCACAUCUUUGGACUCUCCAAGCGUUUCUACCAGCGAUGAUGGAAAGGAAUCACGGGCACAUAGUGGCCAUGUCGUCCAUGGCCGGCGUCAUCGGGCUCCGGAACUUGGUUCCAUACUGCGGCACCAAGUUCGCUGUGCGAGGAAUGAUGGAGGCUAUUCAUGAGGAACUGAGGGAAGAUCCCAGGGAUUUUAGUGGGAUCAAACUAACCUGCAUAUGCCCAUACAUCGUGGACACCGGCUUGUGCAAGAACCCCAAGAUCAAGUUCCCGUCUCUGAUGAAGAUCCUCUCCCCGCAAGAGGCUGUGGAGCGGAUCGUAGAUGCCGUGCUUAGAGAGUACCAAGAGAUCACCAUACCUAGCAGUCUUUAUUAUAUAAACCAGAUGUUCCGAGUAUUCCCAAAGGCAGUAUCACUUCACAUCAAAGAUUUCUUAGAUUCAGGAUUGGAAGCGCAG